AUGAUAACCAACAUCCAUCAAAAAUUUUACCGGUCUAAUGCAACCAAAUUAUCAGAAGCUGAUAUUAAUGAGAUUAGGGAAUCGAGAGGAAAAAUACCAAAUGCAUCAGGUAGAAUGUCGAAAAAAUUCCAUAUUGGCGCCCAUCGUGUAUAUGAAAUAUGGGAGCAUAAUGAACGACUCCAACAAAGUCUCGAUAAUUGGAAUGAUUUACCGCCAAAUUCAGAUGAAGAUAAUAAUAAAUCCAAAGGAAAUAAAUCUAAAACUAUGGAUACACUCGUUAUUGCUGGUAAUUCAUCAGUUAAGUUGGCACGGUCCUCACAAAGUGAAUCAAAAAAAAUAAGCCGGGAGGAAUUAGAUGCAUACUACAAGAAAGAAAACGAAGACGAUAAAAAACAUAAAGCAGAUAUGGAUCGUUUACUUUCUAAUUAA